AUGACUGGAGUGGCAGAAGAUCGUGAGCUUGUGGAUCUGGUGAUUAUUGUAUGGCGGAAGGUUCGAGUUGAGAAGGAAGACCGAGACGGCAGGAGUGCAAGUCCAAGUGGUAGUGAAGUUGACGAUGACAUUGAGCCUGGAAGCCCAAUUUCAAGCGGCAGAAAAAGAACCGCUCGAAGGCCAAGACGAGAUAGUGGUAGAAGUGAUGCGGAUUUGGAGCUUGAAGAGGAACAGGACCAUCUUGAUAAAAAUGAGGCUACGGUGUCUGAAAGGGAUAGUGAACCCGCACACCAUAGAAAAGAGCCUGAUGUCGACGAAGUCGCUAUAGCUGCGCCGAGUGGGAAGUCCGAUACUGAAGGAGGCGACGUGAUUGCGACAUCUUCUGGCAGAAACGUGGGCCAUGUGAAACCUGUCAAGAGGAAGCGAGUGAUAACUAGUUCUGAUGAAGAGGACAAUACUGAAGAGGUCGAUUCUGCGGAGAACCGAGACGAAGAACCUGCUCCUGUAUCUCCCAUUAUUUCACAGAAGAAGAAAAAUAGACUUGUUAUUGAUUCGGAUGAAGACUGA